UGGUCAUAUAACUGCUAUGCCUGUGAGUGUGUGAACAGAGUGGACAGCUGAUAAGGUGAUUCCGAAGCAGACCUCUAGUGGUAUUCGAAAACUGCGAUACAUUCUCCUGUAUACAACAAACCUUUGAAGGGUUCAAUUGAAGGACCACCAUGAAGGCCGUUACAGUUACAGUUUUCAUGUUUGUUCUCUGGGCAUUUAGUGCGGGCCAACCGGAGAUCCUGACCAGUAACUUCCUGGACAACUGUUUGACGGUGGUGUUACCGCAAUAUACCCGCAGACUGGAGGACUACGCACUUGAAAGCUUCAACUUGAAGGUGAAAAAGACUGGACUGACGAAUCGUGACCUCAAGGCCGAGUUUCACGACGGCAAGAUGAGCGGUUUGUCCGCACCACCAGGACUUCGAAGGGUAGGCGACUGUGGACCAGUGCGUCAGGGUCUGGACACAAUCUUGGGAUGUUACAUCUCUCUGGAAGGUCUGAAAAUGUCGUACAGUGGUUCUGCCCGAGGAGAGAACUUGGCUGGCACCAAUAGGAGCGUCGACGUUGAAGCGACCUUAGUUCAGUCCAAGGGGUUUAUCGAAUUGCUACGAAAGCCUGGGUCUCCACCCACCUUGAAGUCGUGGACCGUUUUGCCAUUGUCUUUCCGCCUGUCUUUCUCAAGAUCUCUUGACCUGAACAGUGAACGGAAGCACGGUUUCGAAGAACAAGUUAAGAGCAACAUCGAGGUGGCUUCUAUCAGCGUCCUCUACGGGCCACUUCGAGAGGCGCUUGUCACUGCCAUUGAUAAGACUCGACUGCAGUCGCUCUGAUUUUGUGUCGUGCACAAAGGUUGAAAAAAUAAAGGCAACCGUUAUAUG